AUGAGCGGCGCGUCAACUGGUCCGCCGGGGUCGAUUGUUGUCGCCGCGAAAGGGAAACGAAAGAAAAAUGAUGGGAGGGGAUGCGCACAGCGAGGCGGUGCGACAUCAACAGAGCCCCGAAAUUUGCCUGUUGAGAGCCUGAACUUGGAAGAGGUGUAUCACUCGAUUGUGGCUCCUUCCUCUGUGGGUCGCCAAAAAUUAGCUUUUGCCACCGCCUUCAACCCGCCGCCGUUCGCAAGGGGAAUUUUAAACAAUAGCAACUAUUGCUUUAUGAAUGCAACGGCUCAAGCUUUGGUGUUUCUACCGCCAUUUGCGCAGCUAGCCAUAUCCGCAGUGGUUGAGGCGGAAUUGUGUCCAACGCUUGCCACUUUGGGGAAAUGGAUGCUUUCGUACUGGGCGAGAGCCCCUAAUCAAUUGGUCCCACCGCUCUCUCUACCCAAGGCAGUGCGUGGACAAACGGCCUCCUCAGCCGCACCCUCCCAUUGGGGGAAAAUGGAUGGUUCCUCACAAGAAGACGCGACGGAGUUUAUGCAUCACCUGCUGGAGGUGAUUCAGACCGAGCUGUGCGCAUUGGAGGGGAGUUAUGGUGAUUCUUCCACUGGCAGAAUUCGCGACCCAAACGCUUCGCUUGAGGGGAAUUCUGAAAAAAAAGGUUGGACGUUUGUGAAGGGUAGGGAACGACUCUCCGUGCGGGAACACUGUGACAAAUCCCGCUCAGUUUUGUUGGAUGCUGUCUUUGGUGGCGCGGUUGAGAAUCACCUGAAGGGCAAAAGCAAACUGAAGGAUCAUGCCUCGGUUCUUGUCGAGGGUUUUUUUAUCCUUCAAGUGGAUGUCGGUUUUAGUGCGGAAUGUAGUCUUGAAAUGGCGCUUGAGCGGUCAUUACAACGUGAGCGAGUUUACGACAGUGCUCGUGCAAAGGAUUUGUUGAAGACAGUGAAACUUCGACGACUGCCCACGGUACUCCUCCUGCAGUUGCAGCGGUGGGCUGUGACCGCUGAGGGCGAACUUGUCAAACUGGAAAACUUGGUUCGCUUCUCCAAGACGCUGGUGCUUCCAAAAUCGACGUGCUCAGAUAAGACACUAAGCAAUGCAACCAGAACGUACGAACUUGUCGCCUUUAUCGCGCAUCGUGGGAAGGCUACUGAGCGUGGACAUUAUGUGACAUAUUUGGCUAAUGCAUCUUUGCCGACGCCCACAACGGCACAGGGCGACGCGGCGUUAACAUUUUGUAAUGAUGCAAAAGUGCAUACGGUUACCAUGCGGGAGGCCAUAGAGGGUGAGGCGGUGUAUUUACUUGUUUAUCAACGCAAGAAAUGA